UUUCGAGGGCGUUCAGCGGCUUUCAUUCAUGAAUAUUAACUAGCCAUCCUUCUUUAUUAAUAUAUAAAGGUCAAAAUCCCUUUGGUCAAGCCUAUUGGUUUACGUCACAUAGCGUAAUUAAUAUUCAUGAGGCAAGUCUUCGCCAUAGUAGAAUUCGUAAAUUCUUUAGCCGGCAGCGUCAAAGACAAACGCCGUGUGGACUUCAAAACACAAAUAAUGUCUUACACAGAUUUACUGGCAGCACUUGGGUAACAGUUUAGUAGGCGUGUGCAUGAAAAGAGGAUACCUAACAGAGUAGACUGAUGUAUAACCAUGGAUGAGGAUGACAGUCAAGAUGAGCUGAUCAACAGGAACGUCUCUCACGGAAAAGGCAAAAGGCCUGCAAUGUCUAUUGUCUCUGAUGAUGAAGACAAUUCAGAAGAUGAAGGAGAAUCAGAGGAAGAAGAGACAGACAGUGAGGAAGAUGCUGAUGGAGAGGAAGUUUUAGAUGGCGAGGAAGAAGAUGAUGGAGAGGAGGAUGACAGUGAAGAUGAAGACUCUGGUAAGGUCCUGGAGGGAGCUGUAGGGAAUGUUCCUGUGGAAGCAGCGGAUCUGAGUUCGGAUGAGGACUCUGAGAAAUGCCCGAUCUGUCUGAACUCUUUCCACGAGCAGCCCAUAGCCACACCAGAAGCCUGUGAGCACUACUUCUGUCUGGACUGUUUACUGGAAUGGUCAAAGAAUGCCAACUCAUGUCCCGUGGACCGCAAAGUAUUUUAUAACAUUUUCUUGAGAAAGUGUUACAAUGGCAAAGUCCAGAAAACAAUUGCAGUUCAGAAGCCAAUAAAACCCGGACAGGAGGAGCAGGUGGAUGUGGACUUGGAUCAGACCAGCUGUGAAGUAUGCGGAGGUCGAGACCGUGAAGAUCGACUCUUGCUUUGCGAUGGCUGUGAUGCAGGGUACCAUAUGGAGUGUCUUACACCUCCUCUUGAUGCUGUACCAGUAGAGGAAUGGUUUUGCCCUGAUUGCACCCCCAACAACCGCAACUCAGGCUCAGAUCAGGUCAGCGAAGAGGACAGCAGCUCUCUGCCCACCACCAGCCAUUCCCGAUCCAGACCCACCCGUGCCAUCGCAAGGACCCAGCACAGCGAACGGGUUCGGGCCAACGUCAACAGGCAUCGCAUCACGCAGGCACGCACAGCAGCGCAGCUUGCGCCAAGAUAUUUGAUGCAGUCCACAUGGUUGGAUGACACCAUCAACGCUGUAGUGGCCGGACUCAACACUGCCGUGUACGUGCGAGACCUUACCCCACGCCCCAAGCCUCGCCGGAAGAGGAGGACAGUUAAAAGAAGGAAAACCAAAGGCAAAUCCUCAGCAGCCUCCGGAGGGAAAACAAACCUGGGUGUUAAAAGGCGGAGACGCAAAGUCAGGAAGUCAAAAUCCAGGCGAAAAUUGGUCGUAAAAAACAAAACUAAUUCCAGAGGUCGUAUUGCACGGAGUUUAGGGAUCAGGAAACCCAGAUCUGGUUCAACCAUACCUUCAGUUUAUCGACCGUCUGAGUCCAGUUUAGGAAGUAUGCGGGCAGAGAUCGGAGCAGCCUCCUUUUCUGUGUAUGGAGAUCCCUUUGACCUGGACCCCUUUGAUGACCGAGAGGAGGAGAUUGAAGUUCAAACACCCUUGUCUGUUCUGGAUGCCAAACGCCGUGGCCUGUCCCGUUCUGCACUGCGCUCCCAUCAGCCUGUGGCCCGUCCCAUUACUGCUGGUCUCUCCAGGAGUGGUGGUGUGAGUAUCCCACAUUUGGCAGAGGUCGGAGCAGAAGCUCCAGUGCCUGAUCUUCUGGGGAGUAUUCUCAGUGGUCAGAGCAUGCUCCUUAUGGACAGUUCAGAUGUGGUCAUCAACAGAGACGGCUCUCUUAAAGCCACAAAACCUGUGUGCCUGUCCUUGCCAAGGAGCACAGUCCCUAGAGAAUCAAGCUCGGGGGAAACAGCAAGCCUGCCAAACUCCGAAACGAGUCCUUUUCACAACGGCGAAGGUGCCGGUCCUUCCUCUAGCCCCUUAAGUUCCUCUGGUUCCUGUUCAACACCACAGAAUCCCACAUCUCCAUGUCCACCCAUAAACUCUCCACAUCUUCCUUUCUCUUUCCCAUCUUCUACGGGACAUCCUCGCUUGCAUCCGGGACCUUCAUCUAAACCAGUCGCCUUAAACCCCCAGAGACCUGGAAAUGGGAUAAGAGGCCUUUCUGACACUCAACAUCAAGACAAGGGCAGCACCCCCCGUCAACCGCCUGUAAAAAAGCCCCCUCCCAAGCCUGUAUGGGUGGACGUUUCUAUUUUACCAAGGAUACCCAAAAUUAAAAAGGAGGGUACCUCCAGUGGCAAUAAUAGUGGAGGUGGUAGUAGUUUGCCCGAGUCUUCUGUGACCAGCUUAGCAGGCAAUACAGGUAGGGCACACACUGUCGACCAGCAAGGGACAAGUAACCGUGAGCCAGACAGGAGAGUGGAUGCUCAAAGGCAAAGACCAGACAGGGCUGGUGCUUCAUCUACUUUUUCUAGCUCUUUUACCUCCACCUCAUCUUCCGUAGGUGCCUCUUCCAACUCGCGUCCGUCCUCUUCUUCCGUUAGUUUCCGCAUUAACUCCAGCGGAAACCCGUGGCAUGCUCGGCGACUUUCUGCAUCAGGAGGGACUCUGCCAGGCAAUAAUGAGGAAACCGUAAAGAGAAAUGAUAAAAGAAAAAAGAUGAUGAUGUCUUUCAGAUCACAGUCUAAAGAGGUCAAAAAGGAGACCUAUGACCCCUUUGACCCUACAGGGUCUGAUUCUUCUGAUAAUGAACCGGAGAAUCAAGGUCCUGAUGUUAGCACCCCAAAUACUAGUGUGCCAGUAGGACCCAAUGAGGACGCCUGUCAUCAAGUCAAAUCUGAGCCUGUGGAUGUAGAUUUUAUGGAUGUGGAAAGCGACUCUGAAAUAUGUCCAUUAGUAAAAAUGGAGCCAGAGUCUUCGAGCGAAUCCAGACAGUCCCCAUAUCAACUGGAGACAGUCCAAUUUGAUACACCUAAUGUUGGGGAUUCUAGCAGUUGGGAGGUAAAGUUUGAAAAUGAUCACAGUGGACAACAGGAAAACCUGUUUAAGAAAAACUCAGAAUCAAGCUCGUCCUGCAAUGUUAAAAACGUUACGAUUAAGGUAAAGUCUGAGCCUGGGACUGAACCGCUAUCUGACAGCCCUCAAUCAAAGUCACUUAAAGAGGAGCACCCAGUGAAUUUACAGCAAUCUUCAAAAGGGAAUAUGAUGAGUAAAGGUCCGUCUCCAGUCGGCGAGCCUUGUAAUGCUGCUAAUAUCAUAGCAAAGGAGAACAGGGAAAGAACUCACAAGUCCGAAUCCAAGGACAGGAGGAGGUCACCCUCCGAUUCCCAAAGUCCACCUAAAGAUGCGCACAAAAAGAAACACUCAAAGUCGAAAGACAAAAGAAGGUCGCGCUCAAAAUCGAGGGAUCGGCAUCAGUCGGAUUCAAAAUCUAGAGAGAGGCCAAGGUCUCGCUCAAGAUCUAGGGAGAGAAAACGUCCACGAUCGAGAGACAGGAGGCGUUCGUCUAGUUCUAGCAGUAGAGAGAGGAAAACCAGGAGGAAGAGAGCCAGCCGUGAGAGGAGCGACAGCAGAGGACGAGAGAGACACAGGAAGAGGUCGAAAGAGAAAAAACGCUCUCGAUCCCGUUCGCAUUCCAGGUCGAGAUCGAGAGAGAGGCGGAAGAGAUCAAAGGAUUACGCUGAGAGGUCGAAGAGGCGCAAAUCAAGAUCAAGAUCUAGGGAUAGAAAAAGGCGAGAGGAUCGAUCGGAGAGCUCUCGAUAUACAGACAAAAUCUCUUAUAAAGCAGAUCACAUGUCCACUGAAAAAAAAGAGACGUCUUUAAAUGCAAACAAGACUAUAGCUCAUUCGAAAGUAGUAGAAAAAGAUUUAAGAGCAUUUGAGUGCAAGAGCUCGCUUUCAUUACCAUCGGUUAAAGAAGAGGUGCAGUCGGUCAAGAGUCCAACUCCAGGGUCAUCAAGGCAUGGGGACCAAACCGAAAUGCUUACAGAAACCAAAAAAGACACUUCACUUGAAGUGUCAGAUGAGCUAAAAAUGUUUAAGCCUAAAGAAGUCAAACAGGAGAAACCUUGGCCCAUUGGUAAAGUUAAGGAGUUGGAAGAUAUCAAGAAAGAGGAGGAACUCUCGGGUGGAGAAUUUGAUGCUGAUAAAGACACAAAGACCGAAACGUUCACAUCACAAAUCUUCAAUGAAGAAUUUCCAGAACUGAAUGAGAUUAAGUCAGACAUCAUUGAUUUAGAAAAGAGCCAAGCUUGCAAUCCAGAAGAUGAAACCAAAAAUAUGAACGUUGAUCAAAUAUGGCCUGAUGAAGAUAAUUCGCCACGUUGCAGUGACAACCCGCUUGUCAUCAGUUUAGAUGCACCUGAUGCCAAUUCUGAAAACUGUAAAAAGGAGAGCAUGGAGCCAAAUUGGUCUCCUCCGUUCAUGGAUGAGAUUGAGGUGACACUCGCCGAACCAUCAGACCCAAUGAAACAAGACCCUGUAAAUACCUCUGAUGAAGAUAUCAAUGUCGAUUAUUUGAUAGACAAUUUGGAUUUCAUUAAGAAGGAAAUGAGUGAGAGCUCUGCAGCCAAUUCAACAGAUGUUGUUGAAGAAGCGUCAGCGACGGAUAAGCCAACAACCGAAUUUGCAUCAAGUGGUGGAAAGUCCAAAUCACAGGGAAAGCGAGUCACCUGGAAUUUGCAGGAACCAGAACCCCAGUCUGACAAAAUGAGCAAAAUUGCCCUGUUCAAACUUAAACUCAAGCAGGAGGGGUUUCGACGAUCUACUGUCGCUCCGCAAACCUCCGUUCAGGAUAAAGCUCAGGCUGAACUCACAGAAAACGUUUCCAGCCCGCUGUCCCAAGACAAACCCAGCAGACGAAAAUCCCAAAAGGAAGAAGUUUUUCAGGAUCCCCAACAGAAGGAGAUGUACAUGAAGAAACUUCACAUGCAGGAACGAGCUAUAGAAGAGGUCAAACUGGCAAUAAAACCCUUCUAUCAGAAAAGAGACAUUACUAAGGAGGAAUACAAGGAGAUCUUGCGUAAGGCCGUUCAGAAGGUGUGUCACAGCAAGAGUGGCGAGAUCAAUCCAGUCAAAGUAGCCAACCUGGUCAAAGCCUACGUGGAUAAGUAUAAACACGCAAGGAAACACAAGAAAGAGGACAGUGGGCAGAGCCAACACACAGAUACGUCAAACAGUAUCGACUAGAUUUUAAUCUACGAUGAAAUUGAAAACUUUAAGGGCUCGGUCUGUUUUCAAGUAAAUUUGUCUUUUUGAUCGUUUGUAUGUUUUAUUGUGAAGAUUAUUUGAAAGUAAAUAUCUUUUCGAUAAUUGUGUGUCUAAAAUACACUAUACGUUCAAAGUCUAUGUACCAUUGUUUGAAAAGCGCUCAAGGGUUUGAGGUUUAUGAUAAAUAAUGGGUGGGGUACAAUACACGUCAAGCUUUGACUAAAACUCGUAAGAAAUUUCUAGGGCAAUAAUAGGCUACUGUCAGUUACUGACUUGUAGGUAUGUUUGUCUUUUUUGUUUGUUUUUGCGAGUUGAGUUGAACUUUGUGAUGGCCGCGAACAAAGUUUUUUUUUUUUUUUUACAGUUGCCUCUGUUCAGGUAGAAAGUUAUGAGGACUGUUUAAGCGUAAGAUACUAAAAUGCUCGAUUUGUUUCUGUAUUGAGCCACACUGGAGAGACAUUUAAAUCUAAAAUAUUUCUUUUUUCGAUGAAGAAUUAUGAAAGAAAGUUAUGUUGUAUUAAAAUAUGCACAUUACGUUAAAGUAUCAGUAAGAUCGACGUGCAUAAAAUAAUCUGCAAAUAAUAUAGGGUGACCAUACGUGCCAUUCUUCCCGAACGCAUUCUGGCCAGGAUUUCUGUGCGUCUUCCGGAAGUCGUAUUUGUUGACCGCAUACGCCAUUCAGUUAAAAACAUAAGACAUACAAUCGUAGUUUCAUUCUUACCUUAAAAGGUAACGGUUGCUUUUCUGUAAUAAUGACAAUAAUCCUCUAUGAUGUAUGCGGUCGACAAAUACGACUUCUGGAAGACGCACAGAAAUCCUGGCCAGGGAGGAAUGGCACGUAUGGUCACCCUAAAUAAUAUUGAUUUAAAUUAUGAUAAAAAUCCACUCUCGUGUUGAGUCUUCAUGAGACUCGUAAAGCAACUUGGUUGAUUCAAUUUUGACUGAAACGUUAAUAAUUUAAUUCAAACUGGAAAACUUGCAAUAGACCUCACCCAGUAGACACUUGUUUUUUUAUUCAGGUUUUGUAAUGUAAAUAAAGUGAUAUAUGAGAUUCUCCCAUGAUGUACAACUGUAAUGCAUCUUUGCUCAAAUGUGGACAUGUAUUCGAAUUUGUUUCUUUUUAAUUUACUAAUCUGUACAAAUAUACGUCGAGAGAAAACGAUAAUGGCUUAGAGGUGUAAUCCAAACGGUCUUUCAGAAGAUUUUCAUGAAUUAAGCUUUUAUUUGUUCCAGAAGUGGAUUGUAAUAUUUCGAAAAUAAGUUUUCUCAUUUAAUUCGGUGGUGGUGAGGUGUACCGAAUGCUUGGAUCCGUUUACCUGUGACAUAUUGCAUGAAAUAGAUUUGUGAAUUGGAGCAUCCAUGUUGCUAUUUGUAAAUAAUUUUAUUAAAUACAUUAUUUAAUAAAAAAAUCAAUUUCA